AUGAAGCUGAAAGAAAUUGAUCGUACUGCCAUGCAGGCAUGGAGCCCUGCCCAGCAGCACCCUAUUUACCUGGCCACAGGUACAUCAGCUCAGCAACUGGAUGCAACCUUUAGUACAAGUGCUUCUCUGGAAAUAUUUGAAUUGGACUUAUCAGACCCUUUGUUGGAUAUGAAGUCCUGUGCCACCUUCUCCUCUUCUCACAGGUACCACAAGCUGAUCUGGGGGCCACACAGCAUGACCUCGGAUGAGCGUGUCUCUGGAGUCCUGAUUGCUGGGGGUGAAAAUGGAAAUGUCAUUCUGUAUGACCCAGCCAAAAUCUUAGCUGGAGACAAUGAAGUAAUAAUUGCCCAAAAAGACAAGCACACGGGACCAGUAAGAGCGCUGGAUGUCAAUAUGUUCCAGAGUAAUCUAAUAGCCUCUGGUGCUAAUGAGUCUGAAAUCUAUAUCUGGGACUUGAACAAUUUUGCCACGCCAAUGACACCAGGAGUGAAGACACAGCCUCUGGAGGACAUCAGCUGCGUCGCGUGGAACAGGCAAGUGCAGCACAUCCUGGCGUCCGCCAGCCCGAGCGGCCGGGCCACCGUGUGGGACCUGCGGAAGAACGAGCCCAUCAUCAAAGUCAGCGACCACAACAGCCGGAUGCACUGCUCAGGCCUGGCAUGGCACCCUGAUGUUGCUACUCAGAUGGUUUUGGCCUCAGAGGAUGACAGGCUGCCUGUGAUCCAGAUGUGGGACCUGAGAUUUGCCUCCUCACCACUUCGUGUUCUAGAAAGCCACUCAAGGGGUAUAUUGGCCAUUGCUUGGAGUAUGGUGGAUUCAGAGCUGCUGCUCAGUUGUGGGAAGGAUGCUAAAAUUCUCUGCUCCAACCCUAACACAGGCGAGGUGCUGUAUGAGUUGCCAACAAACACACAGUGGUGCUUUGACAUACAGUGGUGUCCCAGGAACCCUGCUGUCUUGUCUGCAGCUUCAUUUGAUGGGCGGAUCAGCAUUUACUCCAUCAUGGGAGGCAGCAUGGAUGGCUUGAGGCAGAAGCAAGUUGACCAGCUUUCAUCAUCUUUUGGGAACCUCGAUCCAUUUGGUAUGGGACAGCCCCUCCCACCCCUGCAGCUUCCCCAGCAGAACACCCCACAGAGUGUUGUUCUGCCACUAAAGAAACCACCCAAAUGGAUCCGGCGACCCGUGGGAGCGUCGUUCUCGUUUGGAGGCAAGCUGGUUACCUUUGAGAAUGCCAAGUCUCAGCAGCAGUCGGGCAUCGAGCAGCAGCAGCAGCAGCGUCACCAUGUCUAUGUGAGCCAGGUGGUUACAGAGAAGGAGUUCCUGGCCCGGUCAAACCAGCUGCAGGAGGCUCUUCAGUCUGAAGGCUUUGUCAGCUACUGCCAGAAGAAAAUCGACAUGAUCCAGACAGACUUUGAGAAAAGCGUGUGGGCCUUCUUAAAGGUGAACUUUGAAGAAGAUUCACGUGUUAAAUACCUUGAACUCUUGGGAUACAGGAUAGAUGACCUGAGGAAGAAGAGGGUGAAGGACCAUAAACAAGAAACUGAAGAUUUGGGAUCUACAAAGAUGACAUUUAACAUCUCUGUUGGUGAAGAUGUGGACGGUCUGAUCACCCAGGCUUUGCUGAUGGGCAGCUUUGAGAGCGCAGUCGACCUCUGCUUGCACGAUAACCGCAUGGCUGACGCCGUUAUUUUGGCCAUCGCAGGCGGACAAGAGCUGCUUGCCAGGACACAGGAAAAGUAUUUUGCUAAGAUGCAGAGCAAAAUUACCAAGCUCAUCACUGCAGUGGUAACGAAGAACUGGAAAGAGAUUGUGCAGUCUUGUGAUCUGCAGAACUGGAGAGAGGCUUUGGCUGCUGUGCUCACUUACGCUCGGCCAGACGAGUUUGCAGCCCUUUGCGAUCUCCUGGGUAACAGACUGGAGAGCGAGGGAGACAGCCUGCUGCAGACACAGGCUUGUCUUUGUUACAUUUGUGCUGGCAAUGUGGAAAAACUCCUUGCUUGUUGGACCAAAGCUCAGGAUGGAAACAACCCCUUGUCCCUUCAGGAUUUAAUAGAGAAAGUUGUAAUCCUGCGUAAAGCCGUGCAGCUCACCCAGGCUGUGGACCCCAGUGCUAUGGGGGCCCUUAUGGCCGAGAAGAUGAGCCAGUACGCCAACCUCCUGGCUGCCCAGGGAAGCAUUGCUGCAGCUUUGACCUUCCUCCCUGCAAACACCAACCAGCCGGACAUUGUGCUGUUACGGGAUAGGCUUUGCAGAGCCCAAGAAGAGCUGCCAGCAGGACAGGAGGCCCUCAAGACACCAUACAAGAGACAGCCCAUGCCCAAAGGACAAGCUGGCCCUAUGGCUGGACAGAUGCAAGGGCCUCAGGCUCCAGCCCAGCAGUAUUACCAACAGGGAGACAACCCGCCUCCUCCAGGGUUUAUCAUGCCCGACGCCGUGAAGCCCGGCGUGCCGCCGCAGCAAGCCACAUCUUCCAGCUACAGCAUGUACUCGGAGGCACGGGCCCGGCCAGCGUACCCACAGAGUGAGUCGUAUCAGGCCACACAGCAGUACUCCUGUGGAACAGGGGGACCAGCACUCUAUCAGCCUCAGCAGCCUAUCGCUGUCCCUGCUUCAGCCUCUUACCCAAACCCUGCCCCCAGCACCACCCCUCCCUACCUGCCUUCUGCCCCUGCCCACUCCAUGCCCUCCCCGCUGUACCCUGGGCAACCUCAACCCUCCCCAACAAACCUGAAUCCCAUCUCUUCCUUCCCUCUUCCUCCUUCUGGCACAUCCUUUCAGCAUGGCAGGCCAGGACCUCCAGCAACUUCUGUGGCUUAUGCAUUACCUACUGGACCAACAGGUACUCUGCCUGCAACCAGUGACCUGCCUGCAUCCCAGAGAACAGGGCCUCAGAACGGAUGGAACGACCCUCCUGCCCUGAGCAGAGCUGCAAAGAAGAAGAAAGUCCCUGAUAACUUCCAGCCCCCGGUUCCCAUCACCUCUCCCAUCAUGAACCCGCUGGCGGAUCCGCAGUCCCAGAUGCAGCAGCCUCCAGCGCCUGCACCACCCACGGGCACACCCAGCUUCCAGCCUCUGCACGUCCCCACAGGGCAGCCAGUGCUGCAGGGUGGCUACCCACCUGCUCCUCAGCCCCUGGGGCCAUGCAUCAUGCCACCCACUGCUUCCAAACCCAGCACGGAGGGGGCCCCUGGGGCCCCAAUCGGCAAUGCCGUCCAGCAUGUGCAGGCACUGACCACAGAGAAGAUUACCAAAAAACCCAUCCCGGAGGAGCACCUUAUCCUGAAGACUACGUUUGAGGCUCUUAUCCAGAGGUGCCUGCUCUCUGCCUCUGAUCCGCAAACCAAGAGGAAGCUAGAUGAUGCAAAUAAACGCCUGGAGUUUCUGUAUGACAAACUUAGGGAACAGACACUCUCCCCAACCAUCAUCAGCGGUUUGCACAACAUUGUGAAGAGUGUUGAGACCCGCAACUACCAGGAAGGACUGAACAUCCACACGCACAUAGUCAGCACCAGCAACUUCAGCGAGACCUCGGCUUUCAUGCCUGUUCUGAAAGUCGUCCUCACCCAGGCCAAUAAGCUGGGUGUCUGAAACAACCCUGCGUUGGCAAGGCUUUGAUGGUUACUCUCCCAAAGAAGCGCAUUUC